ACCGACUAAAAACAGUUAAAACCCGCUAACUGGAUCUCUCGGGAGAGCUGGAGCCAGCGCUCCGGCUUCUCCCGGCUCCGGACGCGGGAGGCGGGGAGCGCGCGGACACGGGUGUCCCCUGCGGCAAGGUCAAGCCCGGGAGCGGAGCGCUCAGCCCGCGGCUGCCCCCGGCCAUCGGUGGGGGCUCGGUGGCUUUUCGGGGCACCCUCCGCACCCCGCUGGGUGAUUUAUCUUCACGCCGCCUGGACCAGCGCCGCGCCCCGCGGCCCCGCCGCCCGCCACUGCCGUGUUCCAUGGGUAGGGGCGCGGAAGGGUGCGGACCCCGCCCGCUGCCGGGGCUCCCCUCGCCGCCCCGCUCCGGCCCGACGGGCAGAACCCGGGCCCGGCCCCCGGGCUGGGCGAGCCGCCGCCCCGCCGAGGAGCGGCCGGGCCCCGCGGCGGCGCGGCGGAGCGGAGCGGAGCGGGACGCGCGGCGGCGGCGCGGACGAGCCCAGCCGGGGCCGCCGGUAUUUAGGGCGGGCGCUGCCAGAGCCGGGCGAGAGCGGGACGGCGGGGACGGCGGGAUAUCAGGACAUGAUGACACAUCUCCUCACCCCCAUGGACUUUCCCAGGAGCCACUGAAUGUGUGGACACAGGAACUGACCAAAAGGUUCCUCCCUUGUGCAAACUUCAGCACUGUUGGAGGUGUAGAGACGAGGGGCAUGGUCAGCCCAGAUCGCAUCUAGGGUGGAGGAGAGAGGCGGUUGCAGAGGGCAGUUCUGUCCUCUGGUGGUCCUGCAGUUAGAAGGAAAAUAAUUUACCUUUAUUCAGGAUUUUUUCUUGACUAAAAGUGAUGGACAGCUGUUGGAAGCAGCAGGACUACUAAUGGAUUUGUUCACGCACAGAUUUUCACCAGCGUGGGAUGUGCGAUGAGCCCAACAUUCAGAUCCCCUUAGCAAGUCUAGUGUUCCUCUUUUGAGGGAGUCAUCACUCCACAAAUCAUUACAGUCAUUCGCCAUGUGCAUGAUAAGGAACAUCUCAGUACUUGGAACAUGCUGUGAGCUUCAGCACCAACGUAUUGAAUUCCGGUACCCAACACCUGAGUUCAGCAUUUGAAGACUGAAUGUUGAACAGAAAACCUGAAUGGUCUGGAGGAAUAAAUGAAAACGGACAUCUGCACUUUUUGAAAAGAGGUCUUGAUUUACAAAUCUGGCAGAAAUUAAGUUUACAGAAGGAAUCCAGGCAGUAUUGUUUUAUAUCUUGGGUACUGUCCUAACAAAGCGUCCCUUAUAAAUAUCAAAACCACGACAUUCAGCUGUUAGAGAGGAAGGGAAAAUACUCUUGAGGAUAGCUUUGUCCCAAGCCCAGGGGCAUCCAUUACAUGCCCAGAUGUUUCUUUUUCGGACUUUCACUCUUCAGUAUUGAUUUAUGCACUUCACAGAAGAUUUGUUCAGAAAGGAGGUGUGAAUAAAAGAUAAUAAAGAAUGAUUUAGUCAUCUGCAAGGCGAAAAUGAAACCCACCUAAAUUCCCAUCACAUAUAGUACCACUUGUAUUGUUAUACACCAGAAUUGUGUCUGGAUGAUUAUGUUAACAUUUUGCUGUAACAAUGAUGUCAUUGAUGUGAUGUGAUGGAAAAUCUAGCUUAGGAGCAUACUGUGUAAGCUGAAGUUUUCAACAAGCAAAUAUUUCUUCAGUGUUGGACUCUAGUAUGAAAAGUUCUAUUUCAGCAAAAAAGUAAGCGUCUUUCUUCAUCGUCCCAGAAAGAUUACACUGGAAAGUGAAAAGUGAAAUCAGAGCAGAGGAUGACUCAGUAUAACCAUUCAGCAGAGCUCUCUCUCCAGAGCCCAGCAAAUAAGUCAUUAAAUUUCACUGAAACACCGCUGGCUUUGGAUGAAAGGACCCUGUUAGGGAUGAAGAUUUCACUGUCGGUCCUUCUGUCUGUUAUAACUUUGGCAACGAUCCUUGCAAAUGUUUUUGUUGUUAUUACAAUUUUUCUGACCAGAAAGCUCCACACACCUGCAAAUUACCUCAUUGGCUCCUUGGCAGUGACUGAUCUUUUAGUGUCUGUCCUAGUAAUGCCCAUCAGUAUUGCUUACACUGUCACCCACACGUGGGCCUUCGGCCAAGUGUUGUGUGAUAUCUGGUUAUCAUCAGACAUCACGUGCUGCACAGCCUCCAUCCUACACCUCUGCGUUAUUGCACUGGACAGAUACUGGGCUAUCACAGAUGCUUUGGAAUAUGCCAAACGCCGGACCGCUGGCCGAGCAGCGCUCAUGAUUGCCGUGGUCUGGAUGAUAUCUAUUAGUAUUUCUGUGCCACCAUUUUUCUGGAGGCAAGUGAAAGCUCAUGAAGAAAUUGCAAAGUGUACUGUGAACACAGACCAAAUUUCCUACACAAUUUAUUCCACUUGUGGAGCUUUCUACAUCCCAACUGUGCUCCUCCUGAUCUUGUACGGUAGAAUUUAUGUAGCAGCUCGAUCCAGGAUUCUGAAGCCACCCUCAUUAUAUGGGAAACGCUUUACUACUGCACACCUGAUUACCGGCUCUGCUGGGUCUUCCCUCUGCUCCAUUAAUGCAAGCCUUCAUGAAGGGCAUUCCCAUUCAGGUGGAUCUCCAAUAUUUAUCAAUCAUGUUAAAAUAAAACUGGCAGAUAGUGUCCUAGAAAGGAAAAGAAUUUCUGCUGCAAGAGAAAGGAAAGCCACCAAAACUUUAGGCAUUAUUCUGGGAGCUUUCAUUUUCUGCUGGCUGCCUUUUUUUGUCAUGUCCCUUGUCCUGCCAAUCUGCCAAGAUGCUUGUUGGUUUCAUCCCAUCCUACUGGACUUUUUUACGUGGUUAGGUUACUUAAACUCAUUGAUCAAUCCAGUCAUUUAUACAGCUUUUAAUGAAGAAUUUAAGCAGGCUUUCCAAAAACUAAUACAUUUCAAAAAGCGUUCGUCUUGAUCCUCUCCUGUUGUGUUACCGACCCUUGUGCAAUCUGGCAGCCUACCUGGAAACUUUCUGUGCUUUUAUUCCUGAGGUACGGAGUAGUAAUUGCCAUCUCUGCUGCUACCCUGUGCUGUGCAUGUAACUGGGAACUUCUUGCCAAUUUGGUACUUUCUGUCUGGAAUUCUGUAUCCCAUAGCAGAACUUGUCUGUGGUCUCUGCAGUGAUCGUUUGUGUAUGUAAGACCAACACAUGAAGCAAGCUUUGUAACGAGUGGAGGAGCGUGAAGCAGAGAGCCGAGUUUGUACAAUGAGAUGACACGUUAUCCAAUUCUGCCAUGCCUUUGUAACCUGAUGGGAGGAAAAUGGGUGCAUAUUUGCAGGACAUCGGUAUUUCUGCUGUAUGUUAUUAACAAUUUAUGUAGGCUGAGAAAGUUUCUGGAGAACAGGAUCUGAUGUCUACAUUUUCUAUGGCACGUAUGUUAUCUAUUUGAAACUGAUAAACCCUGUAACUUUUUCAGAAGUUGUGUGACACAGCUUGACUAUAAGCAGCAGGGCAUAGAAGCCAUAGCAUGUAUGUAAGUUCUGUUCAUGAACGCUGCAUUUGAAGCUCUGCUUUUGGUGAACUGUAGAAAGAAGACAAUUUAUUUGAAACAAUUUUUACAUAUUUUAUCAUGAAUAGAAUAGCCAGUGCAGAAAUACUACAAA